AUGGCACUUCUGGAAACGACAGGGGCUUUAGCGAGCAAGGUGGGCUUUGAUGUAUAUUGCGCACUAUGCAAUGAAAAAUUUUCGUACUCCAUGAAAUUACAUAGUCUGUGCCAGCAUGCGAUUCUUUGUCAUGGUAUUCGGGUUUUCGAGGAUCUAUUGCGUUAUUUUAAUGGGAAACCCAUACUUAGGGCUAGUGACCUUUUAUGUGGCCAGUGCUAUAACAUCUACGGUCCAAACACGCGACACUUCUCAACUGAACAUAAAAUUAAUGAUAGGUAUUACUGUAAGCUGUGUAAUUUUACAACAACACGAGCAUCUUUAUACCAAUUUCAUAAUCAUAUACUAAAAUCUAAUGCGACAUGGUGUAUCGGCUGCAAUAAAUUUUUAAUGAGAUCCAAUUGGUUGUCGAGCCACUUCAGGAUUUGUCCUGGAAGAUUGCUUAGUUAUAAGCGAGAUUAUGAGAUUGCCAAUGACCAUGCUUCCACAGAGAUACACUCUAAUACUAUUGAGCUCAAACCUAAACCAUAUGUUUUUCCUAACUAUGGUUGUGAGGAAACUUUACAGACUCUAAAAGGGCUUAAAGUCAUUGACAAAGCCUGGCGCUCGCAACUGAAGUGGUGGUCAUGCCGCCUCUGCUCCAAGCCUCCUUCUAUUAAGUGUAGAGCAUGCUCGACAUCCUAUUGUGCUACCUGUCAACAAGUCGAUCCAUACCUAUGUACAAAGAUGGUUUGCAUGCGUUGCUACAUGCACGCCUAUUCUGUGUGGAAUGAUCCCGUGUUGGUAUUUACUAAGGGGUUGUUCGGAAUUCUUUCCGGAUUUACUAGGCCGAGGAAUUCGACGAGCCUGCGGAACAGCCGCGGACUAGCUAUGCACGGACCUUACGCUGCCAAAGCGGGCGCAAUUGUUUCAGAGGCUCUUGCGCUUGCCGUGCCGUUAGAUAGACUUAAUAUUCCAUACGGACUUGAGCGCCUGGUUGAGGCCACACAGUACGAUGAUAAUGGGAUGCCAUGCUUUCUAGCUGACUUCGGCCCUUAUGUGUUUUUCGCGGGGAGCGUGAUGGUUCCGCCUCUAUAUUUUGCUCGUGAUUCUUCAGACCCUAUGUGUAGGCUUGAAGUAACUCUGUUGGCAGGCUUAAACAUUGGCUACCCUGUCGCUGUUGUUACUCUCCGUGCAGUCAAAGACUUUGCGAUAGGACGAAACAAAGUUCGCGAAAUUACUAUUCGUCGCCAGUGCCUUACGGAAUAUCCAUGGCGGGGUGCUGCGCGCUUCUGUCUCGAUCCUAUCUUAGCAAUACCCCCUCAGCACAAACCUACAGAAUUACCUCCAGAUACUCCAUGUCCCAGGAGCGCAUUCAGUCAGUACUUUGCAGGGAAAUCGCCGUUUGGAGAACCAAAAGAGUCUUUAGUCUCAAUUCAAUGA